AUGACGACCACAAUUGUCGGACACCAGCCGACGCCUCAUCGCACGUAUAGAACGCUCUGGGAGCCGGUGAACGGUUCCGAACAGAACAUGGAGUCAUCCAUAACUCGAAGUCAAGCCCUUCUCGCCGUGUGCACCAACUACUGUCCAAACCCCGAGUACAGACGUGUACGCCCAUUUCUUCUUCCAACCAAAUCAUCUUUCGAUGGUAAUGGAAACCCGCAUUCUCAUCUGGAGAAGAGCCUUGGCUACGGCGCUUUCGGAGUCGUCUGGUAG